GCCCAGGCCUGAGCUAGCCUGGGAGGCUUCGGGGAGAGCGGUCUCCGCGUGCGGCCCCGACCCGGGAUCCCAGCGUCCUCUGUGAGGCGGCAACAGCAAUGGCUCAAGAAGAAAUGGACAUUGAUCUUCAGGUGGGAGAAGGAGGUCCUGCUAUGGAACAUGGGGAGGAGGCCUCUGCUGAUGCAUUCGUUGGGCAGGUGGAUGCCCCUCUGCUUCCUGUUCCUCAGGUGCCAAUCGAAGUGACCGAGGAAGUUGUGUCAUCUGCCGAGGAGAAUGUGGACCUUGGCGCCGCAGCAGCAGAAGAUACAGUAGGAGCUGAUGUCAAUCCCAUCCUCCCAGAGUCUGCCCUGACCUCGGUGAACAGUUUCAUUGACAGACUGCAGCAGCUGCAUGGGGUGCUGGGCCUCUUGAGGCAGCCCUCCCAGCAGAUGACGCAGUCAGUGCGAACGAGGAGGAGGACAGUCCGCCUGCAGAGGAGGGCGGGAGGGUCUCAGAGGACUGUGGACUACAGAGCAAGGGCACCACUGGACACAUACUUCCGAGUUAACAGGGUACAACCAGUCCAGUUAGCAGAUCCGCCCAAUCCUGAUGAUGAUGACAAUGACCCUGGCUCUGAGGUCAUCCAUGUGUCGAGUGACUCUGAUACAGAAAGUAACAGUUCCAGUGAGGAUGAGGAGGUGGACAUCCAGGACGAGGACCCAGACGCUGUUGGGCUUGGAGUUUCUGGAGAGGUUCCUGCAGAGGCUCUUCCAGAGGACCCUUCGGCCCAGCAGGAAGCUGCUCCUGCUGCUGGCGCAGAGGCCCCCCUCAAACAGCAGUCUCCACUGAAGCCUGAACCGCUGCCUCCCCCGGCUGCAGCAGCCCCGGACCCCUCGGAGGAGGAAGAUGGGGACACUUGCGCCAUCUGCUUUGAACAGUGGACCAGUGCUGGGGACCACCGGCUCUCUGCGCUGCGAUGCGGGCACCUUUUUGGGUACAAGUGCAUUUCCAAGUGGCUCAGAGGACAAGCUGGGAAAUGUCCCCAGUGCAACAAGAAAGCCAAACGCUCAGACAUUGUGGUUCUCUAUGCCCGAACCCUAAAAGCCCUGGAUACCAGUGAACAGGAGCGCAUGAAAAGUUCCCUGCUCAAGGAGCAGAUGCUGAGGAAGGAGGCUGAGUUAGAGUCAGCCCAAUGCCGGCUCCAGCUGCAGGUCCUUUCAGAUGAAUGUAACAAGCUUCGAAGUCACGUCCAGGAAUUGAAGGUUCUUGUGGCUCAGCAUGGGUCAGGUUCUGCUCAGCCGGGCAGCUCCCAGGCGUGUUUCCGGAACUGUCUGCCUCUCAGCCAGAACCAGCACAAGUACCAGUUUCAGAAGGCCUUCACAGUGUCACCGGAAGGGAAGUGCCGCAUCAUGGCAUACUGUGACUCCCUGAGCUGCCUGGUGGUGUCCCAGCCCUCUCCUCAGGCCACCUUCCUUCCUGGCUUUGGUGUGAAGAUGAUCAGUAUGGCAGACAUGAAGAGCAGUCAGUACGUUCCGAUGCACAGCCGAGAGAUUCGGGGGCUGGCCUUCAACAGCAGGCCCAAUAGCUGGCUGUUGUCCGCUGCACUGGACAACACGGUCAAGCUGACAAGCCUAGAGACUAACACGGUGGUCCAGACAUAUCACACUGGCCGUGCAGUCUGGAGCUGCUGCUGGUGCCUCGAUGAUGAGAAUUACAUCUAUGCUGGGCUGGUCAACGGCUCAAUUUUGGUGUAUGAUUUGAGAGACACACACUCCCAUGUCCAGGAGUUAGCUCCUCAAAAAUCCAGGUGUCCUUUGGUUUCGCUCUCCUAUUUACCGCAGAUGGCCUCGACGGCAUUUCCCGCUGGCGGGAUAUUGGCCGGAAGCUUAGAGGGUGCCUGCUUCUGGCAGCACAACAGCGGUGACUGCUUUGACCCUCACAGCCUACCUCUGGAGCCGGGCGGCUGCACUGACCUGCAGGCAGAGAGCCGCAGCGGACACUGCCUUGUCACCUACCGGCCCAAUAAAAACCAUAGCUCCGUGCACAGUGUGUUGCUGGAAUUGACCUGCAGUUUAAGUGAAGCUACUGAGCCAGUCUACUCAUGCCGGCCUAUUCAGACAUUCCUCGCUGGACCCACCUGCAAACUGCUGACCAAAAAUGCCAUCUUCCAGAGCCCAGAGGAAAAUGGCAGCAUACUGGUGUGUGCUAGUGAUGAAUCUUCAAAUUCUGCCAUGAUCUGGGAUGCAGGAAGCGGCAGCCUUCUCCAGAAACUCCAGGCAGACCAGCCUGUGCUGGCACUCUGCCCCUUCGAAUUCAACGAGCACAGCUACUUGGCCACCCUGACAGAGAAGGCCGUCAGGAUCCACAAAUGGGAGUGACGAGGUCGAAGGUCCAGCACGCCGCAGCCUGGCCUCUGGCAGCCGCAUGGUCGGCACAGGCUUGUGGCCAGUUUGAACUGGAGCGUUCUGGCUUUAAAAGCUGACCUCGGCACUGGUGAAGGGAGUGGCCAGGAGUCUUUUCAUGUACCUCUCCUGUGUGAGGCUUCAUUUGUUUUCUGUCUGUGGUCUCCUCUUAGCUAGCAGGAUCCAGAGGGCCUCCAGAUGGGAGGUUGUAUCAGGCUUUGGGGGUAUGAUGUGUGAAAGCUCCCCUCCCCAGGGGUUCGUGUGAACUGCCUUUACAGAAGUCCUGUUUGCUGGUUCCAUUCUUAACAGGCACAGGGAAUUGUCUCUGAUCAGACAGUGCUGGGAAAUAGAGGGAAACUUGGAUUAUUAUUGACCGAAUAGCCUCAAAUCUCAAGGGACAGCAGUCCCUUGAGAAACAGGGUAUCUUAUGUUGGGGCAUCGGCUCUUUGCAGAGUCUCUUGAGAAGGCUGCCUAGGCCUCUGUGAUGUAUAGGUUGAGGGGAAGAGGGGAAACUUAAAUUUAUCCUGAGAUCCCAAGAAGUCUGGUAAAUUAGUCUUCGCAUCUGAAGGCUUAGUCUUCCUUCUUCUCCCUUGAAAAAAAUGUUGGAAAAACAACAGGAAUUAUGUCAAGGUUAAUUCUUUUCUCUCCAUCAAUGACAGCUAACAAAGAAACAGCAAACAGCAGGGAUGGCAAAGGGAGGGGAAUUUUAACUGACAUAAAACCAGGGAGUGUGGGCAGAAGGGUCUCUUCAAGCUAGUUGUUAUCAGAAAAAUCCCAGUAUAACUGUUAUUUAUAUACACACCUGGGAGUGAGCACUGUGUUGCUCCUUGAAAUGAUCAUAAAGCCCAGGUGCACUGUGGCACGUUUCUCCAUCCCAAACUGAAGCUGGAUUCCAACCCUCCCCUACUCCACCCCCAGAAGCCACCCCUUGUUUACACACUGGCUUGUUUCUCCAGAGAGGUUGGCGGCAGAAUAGCGGCAUCUUUACAGAUAGUAGGAAAAGCCACUGCCAUGCCAGAAAGGCGUGAGCCACUUUUUUUGUCGUGCAGAAGGAUUCGGUUUGGCUAUUUCUGUCCCUUUAAUAGAGGAUUCCUGUAGCCUGAGCUGACAACCCAGCAAUCCAAUCAGAAAAAUUUCCAGGUGCAGGCUUGUGAAAUGAGAAAUGUGAUGCUUGGAAUGCCAAGUUUUUCAGUAUUCUCAAAGGUUGGAGGCUUAACAUAAUUUAAGGAAAGGUAAGGCAACAUGCUCCCAAGACCCUGGGCACCCAUCAGAGGUCAUUCCCCUUAGCUGGGGCAGCCGCAGUUCUCUGGCCCAAAUGUUCCAAGAACCUGCUUCACCCUUUGGUAGGUUACAGUGUUUACUAAAUUAAAUGCCCCACGCACCCUUCAGAUCGGCCCCUUUCCUUCCCUUCUCAGGGACAGUGUUUAAAUCCCAGCUUCUGGACCUAAGAGAGAGAAAAGAGAAGAGCCCCCUUUUAUCAGCCAAAGAAGGUUCAUUUGCUCUAUUUUGAUUAUCAGGAAUUGUUGCCUAAAUCUUGGCCUGGGGCCCAGAUGGCAGCACAAAACUUGAGUUAACACCCACUCCGUUGGGCCUUUCAGCAAACAGACUGUUAGCAGAAAUGAUGAGGGCAGACACUGGGCACAGGCUCUGUUUUCAGAGUCCCUGACUGUGGACCAAGGAUGGGGUGUAGAUUGUAUUCUGUGUCUGGGUAACCCCAGUGCCAGGAGGCCGGAGUUAGCUGCCCAGUGGUUCAAGUACAUUGAGGUUACGUGCUGGUGAGUUUCUGGCUCAGAAUUCCCUAAAGGACAGGAAAAGGAAGUGCUUUGGGUAGGCAGGGUUGACAUUUUGCCAGUUCUUGCUUACUUGCUUUAUUACAGUGAAUUCAGGCUUUUUGCUGACAAGUAUUAAGGAAAACCAAUAACUAAAUUUAAGCACUCCCUCAAAAUGCUUUGUUGGGAACAGAAACAAGAUUAUUCUCGACUUUAUGGCCAGAACCAUUGGGUGAUUUGUCGACUAGUGUGAAGGCUGCAUGGUACCAACAUCUCCUCCUACCUGUCAGCCUUCUAACAAUUUGGUCUGCAUUUAUUCAUCAGAGGGACGUUCAGUUAGAAAAUAGAUUAAGAACCUCCUUCUGAUGAGGCUCUGUGUCUGAGGAUCCCUCCUGUAGUCUGUAGGGUAUAUCUUUUGUGGCAUCUGGCACAAUAUUUUUAAUUUCAGUUAUUUCCCGUCUAAAUCUUGGAGCUAAGAGGGAUCAGAGUAUUUGAGCUUGCUUUGCACCUAAGUCCAUACUUGCUUGGAAAAACAAGAUUAUGUGAUCUAAGAAACCUUUGUUUAAUUGUACUUUUUUGUGUCCUGUGUGUAUAUGUAAAAAUAAAGAAUUUACAGUA